CAAGAAGAAUAUAGUGAAGAACAUCUUGAAAAUGAAGAUCAUGAUGAAUAUCAGGACGAAUCUGACGACGAAUUCGACGACGAAUUCGAUGAAGAAUUCGACGAAGAAUUCGACGACGAAUUCGACGAAGAAUUUGAUGAAAAGAAUGAAGAUCAACAUGAUAUUGAUGGAGACAAUGAUAAUGACAAAGAGA